CGUGAUGUCAUUUUCGUCCUUUCGCCACCUGUCGGACGUGAGUCGAAUCUCUUUUUUUCGAUCGUCUGACAUUUUGCUGUUAAAUAAAGUAGUAUAAACGUAAAUUUAAUAUUGUAAUGGUGUCUAUAGCAGUAAGAAGUAUUUCUGAUAAUCGCUUCUAGACAAAAGGACUUAACGACCAAUAAUAAAAGAUAUUUUUUUAUAUUGUAAUGGAUUAUGACUUCAAAGUUAGAACGGCUUCAGAGAGAGAGAAAGUUGAAGAUUUGUUCGAGUAUGAAGGGUGUAAAGUGGGAAGAGGGACAUAUGGUCAUGUUUAUAAAGCAAGAAGAAAAGAUGGUUCUGAUCCUAAAGAUUAUGCCUUGAAACAAAUUGAAGGAACGGGUAUAUCAAUGUCAGCAUGUAGAGAAAUAGCGUUAUUGCGAGAGCUUAAACAUCCAAAUGUAAUUAAUCUCCAACGGGUAUUCUUGUCUCAUACUGAUAGAAAAGUGUGGUUACUGUUUGACUAUGCUGAACAUGAUUUGUGGCAUAUCAUCAAAUUCCAUAGAGCAGCCAAGGCAAAUAAAAAACCAGUUAUUGUGCCAAAAGGAAUGGUAAAAUCAUUAUUAUAUCAAAUUUUAGAUGGUAUCCAUUAUUUGCAUUCCAAUUGGGUCUUACACAGGGAUUUGAAACCAGCUAAUAUUCUUGUCAUGGGAGAAGGUCCUGAAAGAGGAAGAGUUAAAAUUGCGGACAUGGGUUUUGCACGCCUCUUCAACUCUCCAUUAAAACCUUUAGCUGAUUUAGAUCCUGUAGUUGUAACUUUUUGGUAUAGAGCUCCAGAAUUAUUAUUAGGAGCAAGACAUUAUACCAAAGCUAUUGAUAUUUGGGCCAUUGGAUGUAUUUUUGCUGAACUGUUGACAUCAGAACCAAUUUUCCAUUGUCGGCAGGAAGAUAUCAAAACUAGUAAUCCAUAUCAUCAUGAUCAGUUAGAUAGAAUUUUUAAUGUGAUGGGUUUUCCACUUGAGAAGGAUUGGGAAGAUAUCAAAAAGAUGCCAGAACAUCCAACGCUUCUCAAGGAUUUCAAACGUUCCAAUCUUAACAUUUCUAUACAUAAAUAUAUACAAAAACACAACAUCGAAAAAUGGACAANGCUUCAAAAAUUACUUCUAAUGGAUCCCACGAAAAGAAUUACUUCUGAAUUAGCUAUGCAAGAUUCCUAUUUUCAAGAAGAACCAUUACCUACACAAGAUGUUUUUGCUGGUUAUCCAAUUCCUUAUCCAAAGAGAGAAUUUUUAACAGAUGAAGAACAGGAAGACAAGUCCGACACUAGCAAGCGAGUCUUACAGACAACUGCAGCGAAUAACCAAGGCAAUCAAGAUAAUGCCAACCAUGGUCCGAGUGCCAAACGGGUAAGAAUGGUACCCCCACCGCCCACAACCUCGACUACCUCGACCACACAGUCUCAUGCAAUGGGAGGAAGUGGUGUACAACAGAACCAACCUACUCUCUCUUUCACUGCCGCUAACAAUCCCCAACAGUCUGGUUUUCCACAACAUUUCUGACGUCCGACAAAAGAUAUAUUAUUUUUAAUUCUAAUCUAUUGAAAAGAAUGUUGUGCAGAUAAUUUUAUUGACAGAAAAAAUUUGAAUAUAAAUUGCAUGAACAAAAUACUGUAGUAGAUACAUGUAAAAAAAUGUAUGUAUAAUAUGUAUAUUAAAUGUUAUAUUGUUUCCAAUAAAUAUUCUAUUGUUCAGUAUUCA